UGUGACAACUUCACCUUCUAUAAAUUCGCCUUGAGUUUGACUGACAUUUUUCAACGAACACAACUUUUGUUUGAACAAAAUCAAAAAUUUUAUUCACAAUCAAGAAGCCUGUAAAGAAUCAAACACAUUUGUCAGCGAGGAAAAAUUAAAAUUUUUCAUACGCAACAAAAUGUCCAUCUUUGAGAAAAUCAUAGAUGUUGAGCCAAAAGCGCAGCGAAUAUUUAUUUACAUGCAAUUGAAGAAGGUGGAGAAUCUACCGGAAGUUGAUGGAAAAUUGGAAAUACAUUUGAGCCAAGCUAAGAAUACGCUUACAAAACUGGAGGACUCCUAUCCAGCGGAUAACAUUAUAGAUUUAUCGAAAUUCGAUGAAUACAAGCCGACGUUUAGUCUCAUGGUCGAACAAGACAACAUAAAUGAUGCGAAUAUUUUAAGUGAUAAUCCCGUUUUAAUAACGCUCUGCAAUAGAGCGAUGGUGCGAGUGUCACGUGAGGAAGUUGAAGAAGAAACGGCCAUACAGGAAGCUAAAGCGGUGCAUAAUGAAAAUGUAAUGAAUAAGAAUAAGAAGAAGCAAAAAGAUGCACUAAAGAAAGCAGACAUGAAUAAAAAUAAAGAAAAUGCAGAUGCAGGAGCGCGUAGAGAGCAUAGUGUCACAAAUGCAAAUGAAGGUAAGAACAAAGAACGUAAUCGAAAGAGUAGCAAGAGUAGCAGAAUUGUGUAUGAUGAGAGAGAAGAAGAAACGGAAAUGCUAGAAGAAGAAGACGAAUCGGACAUAUUCGAAGAACAGUUAAUUCCCCUCGCACAAGGUCAUAUUGAUCUAUUAAAACUUUAUACUAAGAAACGAGAGUUAAGCACAUUCUAUAGCAUUUUGUAUAAACUAUCGAUAUCGGAAAAGUCAUUAGGUUCAUGUACCACAACUUGGGAAGUAUACACAUUAUUGCCACUACUCAGGGAUAUGUCCUUCCACAACAUGGUAUACAUUACGUUUGAGUCCAUCUUCAAUGUGAGAUCAAAUUUAAGCGAAAAUACCGAUUCUUUAGUAGCCGAUUUAUUUUUUGAAUCGAAAUUACCCAAUGAAAAUAAUGAGUUUGAAAAAAUCAAGUUUUGCACAUUUACCAAUUUUAAAGAGCAACAAAUAACCGCUCCUGACAUGCAACUCACUUGGGAAACUUUGAAAAGUGUCGAACCACAAAAUAUCGAUUGCAUUGGUAUUUGCACACGUUACUCGAUUAAUACUUAUAUGAUAUUUCGUCACCUUGUCUUUGCGGAAAAUUCAAAAAUUAAUAUAAAAUAUGUCAAUUUGGAAGAUUUUGUAGUAUCAAGCAAUGCCGCACAUCGUUACGUACUAAACGAAGAGUUUGUACGUGUCUUGGAGGACGUGCUUACUUUUGAUGAGCAACAAAUUCUAGUUGAAUUGUAUCGAGCCGAUCAAGCGAAUGAAAUAAUCGCCAAGGGUCGGUUUGAUGUGUCUAUACUGCUUUAUCCGGAAGUAACUGGUAAAAGGUUUGCGGUGGAGUUGAUUUCAACCGAUCCGAAACCCACAUCAACUUCGAAAAAAUCCUCCACCAAAUCAGGCAUGGCAAAUAUAAUUGAUGCACCUACUUUUGCAAUUAUUUCCAUUAAUUUCGCGACUCCACUGACUGAAUCAUUUGUGCUUCAAAAUAUGGAAAUUAUACCCCGUAACAUCCUUAAGCCAAUUAAACGUGAAAAACUCAGUGCCCGUUUGGUGGCUAAUUACAAUUUUGAAAAAGAAAUAAAGAAAACAGUUUUCUAUAUAAUAAAGAAUAAUAUUAAAAUAUUAGAAGAUGCCAAAGCCACAUUAUGCUGCCAUAAGGAGAAUAUAACAAAUCAAAUUUUCAGACUUAUCUCAAGCGAUUUCAAUACUAUGAAACCAACUAAAGAUAUAAUUGAAUUUCACAAUCUCAUGACGACCGUAUAUAGAGACACCGAACAGACCACCUACAAUAUUUUACAAAAGUUGGGACACCAAGUGCCAAGUUAUAUCUUCACUGAAACUGAAAAUGAUAUUAGAGUGAUUAACUACUUAACAAUUUCUCAAUACUUAUCCAUGAUUGGGGAUGAACACUUCGCAAAGAUGCUUUCUGAUAAAGCCGAAAAAUUGUCAACAGGUAAUCACAUUUUCUCAUUUUUUAAACUUAUAAUAUCUGUGGAGAAACAAGAUAUGGAAACGGCAAAUCAAUAUUACACCCAACCGCGUGAUAAACAAUUUGAGUUGGCUCUACAUUUGACGGAAUUAAUUAAAUUAUAUAUUAAAUACGUAGAAACCUUAGAAAAUGAGAAUACAUUCAAUCAAGCCAUGGAAAACUUGAUCGUCAACCUCGGGGAUGCGCUGUUGGAUUUCCCAAAAGAUAUUUGCUACUGGGUUCUACUGCACUGCAUUUUCAAAUGCUGUGGAUAUUUGCCGGGUAUUCAUUAUACGCGUUGGAAAUAUGAACACCUAAAGGAUGAGGUGGAAAUUAGAGUGCCUCAAACACCAAUAAAUCGUUAUAAGUUACUCAAUUCAUAUGAAUUGAAUUUUAAAAACUCACCCAAGGACUCCUUGUUCUUGAAGGUCUUCAAAGUUUUCAUAAAUUUGGGUUUAUACAAAUUCGCUGAAUUUAUUUUCAAAGAAUUCGAAAAAUCAUGUAGCCCAUUUGAACAAUAUCUAACACAGACCACACUGAAGAUCCUCUCAAACGAUGCACUUAUCCAUUAUCAACGCAAAUCAUUUUCACCUAAUAAGAGCAAAGGACACGUGGAACAGCAAUUAGAAAAGGCUCUUAUAACCAGCAUUAAUGGCCACUUGGAUUAUAAUCGUGGUGACUUGGAAUCGGCAAUGAAAUCUUACGAUCGGGUUCUAAUGAUGAGCAAUAGUGGAAUUCCACUCCUGCACUUUUCAUUGGCUUUACUACGUUAUGGUUUUUAUAAUCUUAAUAUGGGGAAUUACAAUCUUGCUGCGGACAUAUUUAACAAAUGUGAAGGAAAGCAUAUCAAACUCAUUACUAAGUUUGGUUUGGGAAAAGCUCUGUUUAAAUGGCUCCCAAACUCUACGACACGACCAUCUCACUUAAGCUCACCUCCAAACGGAUGUUUGUUGGCUAUCCAAAGGACAGUUGGUCUAAGAUCGGAAAUUGUGAGCUGCAUCAACUAUAUACAAAAGUAUAGUUUCUGGCCACUCUCAGCUGAAUGACAGUCAAAAGCUUUCUUCACUCGCAUUAACUUCUACACAUGGUUUCAUCCUCCUCAGGAGCAUAUUCAGUUAAGUAACCUUGUAUUUCAUAAAACUUGGCAUGAAAAGUAUCGCAAGAAGUUUGAGUGUAGCAAAGAGUGUGCAUUUUAUCGAUGAUAAAUUAUGUGAAAUUGAGAGCAGAGCAGAGAGCAAAUUGUUGAAUCCACAUUGUAGAAUCGAAAUGUGAAAAUGGGAGCACGACUUUAUGUUUUUUAAAUCGAAAUAAAUUCCAUUAAAAUCUGUUAAUGGAUCUCAAAAUAAUAGUAGUCAGCAGCUCAAAGAACAUAGUUUUUGAAAAAUAUUUAAACACAAAGA